AUGUGCGAAAAGUGGAAGGCGGAGUACGAAGAGCUCGAGAACUUCUACGCGCCGAUCCGAGCUGAUCUCGCUAAAUUCGCUGAAGAGAGCAGACACUGGGGCUCUGAAAACGAAAAGAAGUCGAAGGAGUUGGCAGCUCUGAACUCGAAAUUGGCGGACCAGAUGAGCCACGCCAAUCACAAGCAAAAGAUCAAGUACAUGAACAAGAUCAAAGACGAGAACGAGCUGCUCAAGACCAAACUGUCCUUCGCCGAGUGUCAGAUGAAGAAGCUCAAGAAAGAAAACGACGCUCUUCGUGAUGACCUCAACGUCGUCCGAAACGUACGACGCUUCGACCCCAAAAAGGCUUUCCAAGGAAAGCAAUAA